AUCUCGACUUGUUGGUCCUCCCGUCGAGCAGUGACCUUCUCUGAGCCCGACUCGGCUUGGAAGCACGUUGCUCUACGAGUAAACCAGCUGCAACGCGUGCAACUCGCACAAUGACUCGAAAACGGAAUGGCGAAGAUGCCUGCAGCCUUGCAGCGUAUCGAGAGUCCUUACUGAUGUCCCAAGGCGGACAAGAAGGUGGCUCUCGGCCACCAAACUGUCGUCAAUCAAGCAUUCCUGAUGUUGGAUAUUGUGAUAUCGACCCGUCCCCUGAUGAGAGGGCGCCUAAUGUACCCUACAUCCAGACGUGGGAGCCGCCUUCUUUCGCAGAAGAAUCGAAACCGCUCGUUCGACUUUUCGUCACCGAGCCCCAGAAUGACCAGAUCGACGACGGGACCUCGCCUACGUGUCUCGACGACAAUUGCGGAGCGGGUGCUUCUCAGGGCAAAGACCAGACCCUGCAUAUCGUCAAGGAGGUCGACGACGCCUAUUCGGAUGCUGAGCAGAGCUUCCUGGAGCGCGGGGCUAUUGCCCCGAGCUGGGCUAGGGGCCGGCCCGGCAACUUCGAUGACGACUCCGACAAGAGCAACCGAGACCCGCCUGCCUAUGGAGACGCUGACGACUUCUACGACAGCGAUCUCGACUCCGUUGCCUCCCGGACAGGUCGCGUUGUGCGUGAGCAUCACAAGAAGAUGAGAAAGUGGCGCUCGAUGGCAACGAGCCGAUUUGAAAAUAUGCUGCUCGAGUGCAUCGUCAACAUAGAUAGCAUUCCUCCAAACUAUGAGAACAUCUUCGUCAACCGCAACAUCAUCGACCAGCUCGAAAAGGUCACCCGUCUAUCACUCAACCGGCCCAAGGCAUUCAGCCACGGCGUGCUCAAGGGGAACAGGGUUACCGGCGCCGUGCUCUACGGACCACCUGGUACCGGGAAGACGCUCCUAGCCAAGGGUCUCGCCAAGGAGUCCCGGUUCAACAUGCUUGCCAUCUCCACCGCCGAGCUGUGGCAAAAGUGCCACGGCGAAGACGAGAAGGUUAUCAAGGCCCUGUUUUCCCUUGGCCGGAAGCUCAACCCCUGUAUCAUCUUCCUGGACGAGGCGGAUGCCAUGCUCGGCGCCCGCAAGGCCGGCGAGAAGCGGCACAUCCGCUCCAUGCUCAACCAGUUCCUCAUGGAGUGGGACGGGCUCACGAGCGGGCUCAACUCGCCCUUCAUGCUGCUGGCCACGAACCGGCCCUUUGAUCUCGACCCGGCCGUCCUCCGACGAGCCCCCGUGCACAUCCACCUCGACAUUCCCACGCUCUGGGAGAGGCAGAAAAUCCUCGAGUUGCUACUCAAGGGCGAGACCCUGGGCCGCGACGUCGACUGCAGCACCCUGGCCCAGUACACCCACAGGUUCACCGGCUCCGACCUCAAGAACCUCUGCGUCAGCGCCGCGACCAACUGCGUCAGCGAGCAGGAGUCCGACACCGCCCGCCGGGUCCUGUGGCUCAGGCAUUUCAGGCAGGCCAUGGCCACCAUCAAGGCGACGGCCCUGAGCAGCACCAUGAAGAACGAGUUUCAGAAAUUCCAGGGGACCGCGCGUCAUGACGACGUAGAUGCCGAGAAGGAGUGAAAGCCCGUGGUCACGCCCUACCACCCUCCCGGCCCGAAAGCGUCGACAACGACGAUGUGCCACAAACAGACUUGUGAGGAGCAAGAGAAGGACCGCCCAUCACCUCAUCAAAUGGACAAUGAAUAUGCCCCGAGCACCGUCGAGACCUCCGACAACUCACCAAACAUCUUGUUUCCCGGCAAGGUAGAAGGGAAGAAAAGCAAGUCCGUGGCGGAUCGCAGAUCCACCCAUGACCCCUAAAGAGCUCAAGCUCGAGGAAGAGAGACCCAAGGCUCAACACCGUCGGCGUCGUCAACAACUUACCUCCGCUACUCUCGCGCCCCCUUAUGUUAGCCCCAUUACCUUCCCCGGCUAGUUCAGCCCGGCCGCCACGGAGGUGUCCUACCUAUAAACC